AUGUCAUUCUUGUUUAAGGCUUUAACAUAUGAGAUUGACUAUGUGGUUGGGGUUGAGUUUGGGGAAGAAAAUGGUAAAGUGGGAAAAGAAAGAGAGAGAAAGGGAGAUAGAGAUAAUGAGGUAUUCGGCAACAAGGAGGAGAGGGGUUGCCGGCAAUAUGGGGUGGGUGACCAAGUUGGAUGGGUGGGAGGGUUGGUUGAGGUUGCGUGGGUGGAUGAGGUUGUGGUGGCUGUUGGUUUUUGUUUUUUAUUUAGUAGUUAG